AUGUUUGAUCAAGAAGGAAAAGCCCUUAGCUAUGGCGACAAGGACCAGGCUUUGGUCGCAGCUUCACUUUUCGCAAACAGGACCAUCGAUCAACGCGUGCGAUACCUGCAUCAGCUUGAUGAAGGUUGGGAGGACGGCAUUCAAUGGGCAGAUGGAGCGAUUGACGAGCUUCGAGGAUACAAUGCUGAGGCUGAGAAGGGGCGACCUUGGACAGCAGAUUGGGAGCAGAGCGACAACUACACAGUAUGGAACUGUAUCCUCAUUGAGCAGGGACUCAAUUUCGCAAAGGAAUCCAUGCCUGAGUUCCAGACCUCCAACACUUUCCAUGGCCAUUGCAAACUUGCUCAUGGGGUUAGCAUCCUGAGAGCAGCCGUCAAGGAGGUUCUCGAUAGGUCCCGCCCGCACCGAGUAGGGAUUGUCGAAUGCAACGACCCUAGUUCAUGGAAGAAGACCGUCGAGGAUGCAGAGGACAGGCUAGUAUCUUGGGCGCAUCGGCACAUCAAAGGCAAUUUGUGCUACGAGAUAUCUCGCCUCCACGACAAGCAUAACAAAUACAAGGAUCAGCUUGUGGAGUCUAUCGACAACAUGCUGGGCCUCCUUAUGUAUCAGCGCUGCAUGUUUGGGAAUCACGACCUUGUCCUCAAGGAGGUAGACCCUCAAUUGGUGGAGCAUGCGUUUGGUCGGAUCAAGAUCAUCCGCGGCCGAGCUGUUACCGUGAUGGACGAGCCCUUCGUUUCCAAAGCUGUCGAGAACUAUUUCGCCGCUAUCGAUCCCUACUUCGCGAGGGAAGUACGGAAACGUAUGGUAAAGUCGACGGCUAUUGAACAGGGAUGUGUGUUUGAGCGGUUCAUGAUGAAGGUUUUCAAUUGGAAUGACGCACUCAGCACAGUCUCGGCACCCAAAAUUGAGGGCCACGCAAAGACUUUUCGCAAGUACUGCCCCAACAACGUCUACAUCAGCUUGAUCGUCGCAUACCCUACCAAAUGGACUGACAGGCUGCCAGUACCUUCAGAACUCCCAAAGGACCCCAGUGGCGUUCAACAAGUCGUGAUCAACGUCAGCGACGACAAUUUCAGCGAUAUCUUCCCCAAGGAGCAUGUAGAGUUUAUUGAUCGACUCAAGAAUGCACGAAAGCGCUCUGCUGACGAUGAUGACAGCAACGAUGAGGACUACUCCAAAAAGCAGAGGAGCUAA